GUUCUUCGCCUCAAAUUCUCAGAAGAUUUUAAAACGCAUGAGCUGACCGAACCUUACACAGAUGAUGGUCGACAAAUCCCGUGUUCAUCUCAUGUCGUUAUUGAUGGAAAAGGGAAUAUGUUAAUUGGAUCCGUUGGUUUGAACGCCGUCCACUGCAAGUAUACCCCGGAAACGAUCAACGCGCAU